AUGGCGGUGAGGGAAGGAGGUAAUGUCUCAAUGCAAUGUGCCGCGUCUGGAUUUCCCACUCCCAGUAUCACUUGGAGAAAGGAAGGUGGCCUUUCGAUCUCCUUAAGCCCCAACACAGAUGUGUCCGCGGUGAACGGGCCAUGGUUAAACGUAUCAAAAGUUAACCGUUUACACAUGGGCGCAUAUUUGUGCAUAGCUUCCAACGGAAUUCCACCUUCAGUUAGCAAACGCAUCAUGCUAGUCAUACAAUUCCCUCCCAUGAUAUGGAUACAAAAUCAGCUCGUCGGUGCACAAGAAGGUCAAUCGGUCACUUUGGAAUGUACGUCCGAAGCGUAUCCCAAAUCAAUCGAUUACUGGACAAAAGAUAAAACGACUAUCAUAUCAAACGGCACCAAAUACCACACAGAUCUGAAGGAUAACGCGUACAAAACGCACAUGAAGCUGACGAUAAUAUCGGUAACGUUGUCCGAUUACGGCACGUACCAGUGUGUUUCGAAAAAUUCGUUGGGCGAAACAGACGGCACUAUUAAGCUUUACGCCGUGCCUAAGCCGACGACGACGACAACAACCACCACCACAACCACCACUACGAGCACUACGAGCACUACUACCACGACCACAGUGCCCACUUCGGUGUCCGGUCGCUGGUGGACGACUGAGAUGCCUAAAAAAUCUUCUAAAUUCGGAGGAAAGGCGCCCGCCAACGAAGUGGACCGUAGACCGUCCAAGAAGACCGGAAAAUACCAAGACGCCGCCGAUGUCAAGAACGACGAUGAGGACCAACAGCAGAGCUCGCGGGCAGCAGCCGCCGCCGCCGCCGCCGGCGACAACAAUGGGCGGCCGGCUUUGAGCAAAAAGCAUAAAAACGGAUCUACCAGCGUCCAUCCUGCGCUUGGUGUGACGGCCGCAGUUUGGAUAAUAAUAACACAAAGGAUCUUUUCGUUAUGA